AUGAAUUAAUUGAAUAAAGAUUUAAGGCUUUAAAUUUAUUAAGCCAAAUAUUAUUUUUAGUUGAUACAAUAUUUCUUUAUCAGUCAGAUGUUGUUUAAUUGGCAUUAUUAUUUGCCGGUAGUUUUGUAUCGAUAAUAUUAAUUAUAAAUGUAGGAAAGAUAAUUGGGCUAUAAGUGUUCAUUAUAUUAAUUUUUCAAGAAGGAUCAAUAUAGAAAAUCUCAUAAAUAAAUAGCUAGAAUAUAUCAUUAAGUUGUUUAGCAUUUAUAGAAGAUUUUUCUAUUAUUUUUUCAUGAAAAAAUAAAAUUCAAAUAGUGUUGAUUCACAUGGCUCUUUUAUCAACAAUAAUUUUAUUUCUGCUUUUAAAAUUAUCAAAAAAUGCCUUAGCUGUUGCUAUAAUCUAAUUGCUGAAAAAAAAAGAAAAAAAGAAACGAGUAAUCAUCAAAUAUUUUACUUGAUUAAUUUAUCCUGA